AUGAACUCGGUGCUCACAACACUUCUCUUCAUGUUUGGUAUUGCAUUUGUGAGCGCCGAGUACUCAUGUUAUCAAUGUGUAUCCACAAACGAUAAUGAAUCCGACUGCGACGGAAGUGAUUUGGAGAAGUUGGCUCCAUUCGUUAAGCCAUGUCAAACACUCGAAGAAGGAACCUAUAAAGGUUCUGAAGCGAAAGGAUGUCGAAAAAUUGUUCAGACAGUAGAAACAAAGAAAUCGAUAAUACGUGAAUGCGCUUAUUCCGGCGAAGUUGUGGAUGGACAGAAAAAGACGGGCAACUGGGGAAUUAAUAUGUACUAUUAUCAAUGUGAGAACACAGGUUCCGAGCCAUGCAACGGUACACGACAUCCGUUAACCACCGUUAUCUCGUUGGUACUGAGUUUAGCAGCUGUAUUUUUCAUUUAA